CUUUGAACCUCCCUCCAGCUUAUCCAGUCCCCUCAUGGCUAUACUAGGACUUGCACUUCUAGAUCAAAACAAUCCAAAGCUGCUGCCUAAAAGAGUCUGCCUGCACUGAGUAUCGUAGUCUUUCUGUAAAAAAUAGAUUUAACACUGAGCUGGAGGAAAUGUCAGCUUAUAUAACUGCGCAGCUUACGCGGGAGAUCCGAGAAUUGGGCCACCGCACAGAUCAGGUUGAAUCGAAACUUGAUGAAGUUGUUGUUCAGGUUAAUGCACACGAUGCCUCUAUAGCCCGGUUAUCUGCCCAGCAUGAUGAUUUGUUGGAGAGGCUGGAAGACUACGAGAAUAGGUCCCGCAGAAACAAUAUUCGCAUUAGGGGGCUCAGUGAAGAUGUCAAGGACUUGCAUACAGACAUUCCUGCGCUACUGGCCACGUUGGUUCCUGAAAUGCCUAAAACCCGAUUAGAGCUGGACAGAGUGCAUAGGGCACUGGGCCCCAGGAGAGAUAGUGGGAUACCUAGAGAUAUUGUUCUCAGAUUCCAUUAUUAUGCCUCUAAGGAAACUGUAAUGGCGGCAGUUAGAGGUGUUGUUGAUUUGACUUAUAACUCCCAUCCGUAUCAAAUUUUCUCUGACUUGGCGGGUGCAACAAUACAGCGACGGCGAGCAUUGGCCCUAUUACACAACUUCUUCGACAACACAAAAUUUUGUACCGUUGGGGGUUCCCAUUUAAGCUUACCUUUAGCUACAAUAACAAACAGCAUGUUGUUAAGUCAUCAGAAGAAGGGCUGUCCGUUCUUCGGGCGUUACGGAUCAUUGGGAACGAGAUCGCUACUGGCAGUCAGAGUGUGA